UUUGCUUUCCAAGAAUGCUAGCAGGCUAUCUAGCGUUUUGUAGCUAACGUUAGCUCGUUAGCUAAUCAGUAAUUUACCUAGCAACUAACGUUAGUUAGUAUAGACCGAUUAGGUUGUGCUGCUUGCUAUCAUAAAGGCGAAACUUGUAAAUUAACCAAGUUGUAUGUAGAUUGUUUAUUGUCAAACAAAUUUUCCAUCUCAAUCAUACACUGCCACGGUUAGCUAGCUAAACCACUAGCUAGCCACUGUACCCAAAUGUGAUAGCUUGUUAGCUAACGAUGCUAUCUGACUAGCCAACGUUACGUUAGCUGCUACAGGGUAUAGCUUGCUACACAUCUGUAAGUGAUCAUUUUUAGAGGGAGGAGGGGGAGAAUUCAGUAACUUGUGUUCUGCAAACAUUUCGCAGUUUCAUUCAGCCCGGCUCUUCACUUUGUGCGAGCUAGCUGCUGAAACUAACCCUGGCAGUUUUGAGCAAGUUUGUUGGCCACCAAACACCGUGACAGUCAGAGAAAGCGUGGAACAAGAAAUCCAGCUGUAAAACGUGUUGUUAUUAAUUGCAAGGAGGGAGACAUUACGUAACAUAUUCUGUCUAUAAAUCUUCCUGAAAUCCAAAUACUGUUUAUGACUCCCAUUGUGAGUGUUGGUCCCGUCCAUAUUCUCAAGACUAUUCGUCAUUUUACAUUUUUCUUCCAUAUGAACGGUGACAUGGCACCGCACCGACAGUCAUAUUAAUGGCUGCCGAAUCGGGGAGACUACUGGCUGGACAAGGUCAAGGAAAGCGAGGCAAAGGUUCACAGAUGAAAAGCCCAGAGAAAAAGAAGAGGAAAUCCAAUGCUCAGGGAGCUGGCGCGUUCUCCCACCUCUCUGAGUUUGCACCCCCUCCCACCCCCAUGGUGGACCACCUGGUGGCCUCCAAUCCUUUUGAUGAUGACUUUGGCCCCCCUUCACUGCCAACCCGACCUGGUGGGGCUGGAGGUCCAGGAGGGGGUCCGUUCCUCCCUAGCCCUGGGGCAGGAGGUGGAGGGCCUUAUGGGGGAGGGGGCAGAAUGGGCCCCGGCAUGGGCUUCAUGGGGGGUCCUGGAGGACCUGGCGGUGGCCCCGGAGGACCAGGGCGGAGACCACCCUUCGGUCCGGGACCACCCAAUGCGGGACCCCACCACCAGCUGGGCUUUGGGGGGAUGCCUGGCUUCGGAGGCGGGGGUAGUGGAGGUGGUGGUUUUCCGGGCCCAGGGGGUCCUUCACAAUUUAAUAUGCCGCCCAAUUUCAGUCCACCCAUGCACCCAGGACCAGGCUUCAACCCAAUGCUGUCUCCUGGUGGCAUGGGGGGCCCCGGAGGAGGGGGGCCACCGCACCCUCGUUUCGGAAUGCCCCCGCAGCAACAGCACGGACAAGUUGGGCACCCCUUCAACAGCCCCCCGUUGCCCGGUGGUGGAGGCCCCAGAGGACCCCCCCAUGGCCCUAUGAACCCCAUGGGGGGGAUGCCUGGUGGGAUGAACAUGAUGGGGGGCAUGGGAGGUGGUCCCGGAGGAAACAUGGGAGGGAUGCCAGCUCUACCCCCUCAAGGACAGUUUCCUCCGUCACAAGAUGGGCCUUACCCGGGCCCCAGUCCCCCAGGUCCUGGAAAUGAUGAGGGGAAAAACUUUGGUGGCGGAGGGCCCCAAUCCGGUCCCCCUCAGCAGCAGCAGGCUAACUUAAACCCCUCUGGUCCCCCUCCAAACAACACCCCCCCUGGGCCUCCCAGCUCUGGUCCCCCCCAGCCAGGGGGAGGCUUCUCUGGCCACCCUGACCAGCAGCCCAACCCCAAUACACCGGGCCAGCCCCCCUCGGCGCCACCCCAGCCUAACCCCAAUUCCUCCCCCACCGGCCCCCUGAACGGAUCCCAGCCUCAGCCGGGGCCGCCCAAUCAGCUGCAGGGCUCCAACUCCACCAACGCACCCUCCUCCAACAACCCAUCCCAGCAGCAGUCAACUCCGCCCAACUCCGCCCCUGGCUCUGCCCCUUACAAUCAGCAGAACAACGCACCCGGCGGAGGGCCCAUGGCCAACGCUCCCCCCAAUUCUACCCAGAACAACAUGACCAACAACAGUGGGGGCAACACCCCCGGCAGCAACCCCAACCCCCCUUCCAACUCCACGUCCACCCCCAACACCCAGUCUCCUCUGCCCCCCGGCCCCGCCAACCCCUCCACUGGCUCAGGCUCCGGUCCAGGUAAGCUGGUAGGCCCCGGUAUGUCGUUCCCCUGCGGCUUUUGCGUGUCGGAAGUGCAUGACGACCAGGACGCCAUCUUGUGCGAAGCAUCGUGCCAGCGCUGGUUCCAUCGCGACUGCACGGGCCUGACCGAACCGGCCUACGGGCUGCUGACCCGGGAGAGCUCUGCCGUCUGGGCCUGCGACUUCUGCCUCAAGACCAAGGAGAUACAGGCUGUGUACGUCCGUCAGGGCCUGGGCCAGCUGGUGGCAGCCAACGAAGGUUGAGGAGGGGGGGGGUGGCACUGAGUUAGAGGUACAGGUGAAGAGACACAGACUGCUCCAAUCUCUGUCUGAAUGGCUUUGGUUUGCCAUGUCUAACUACUUAGCCAAUCUUAAUCUGACAAGCCCUUUACAGUGGACAAAUCUCUCUUACAUAGAUAAACACACUCACUUACAUGAAGCACUUUGAGUGAAUCUUUUGGACGAAACUAGCAAUUUUUUAUUUUUUUUGACGUGACAGAUGCCCAUUUAAAUUUCCCCCACCAGUCAUCUGACCUGCCGACAAGUGAAGCACUGACACCAACACACUACCUCACACUUUGUGACUGCCCAGCACGGACCCCUCGCACUGACAAACCAACUGACUACCACCAGGGUUGUGGCAAUUUAAUUUAAAUUAUUGGAAAUUCAGGAAGUUAUCUUAAAUUCCAGUUCUCUUUAACAGUUUUCAAUAAGGUCAAUUUGGAAUUUGGUUAGCCUUCUGAAUUGAAAAAGAACUGACCUACAUCCUGACACUGGCACCCAUAAUUUUAAACCAGAGCAGAUUAAUCCAAAGGAGAUCCAGGCCGCCUGACCUCGACAGACAAAACUGUCCUCCCUUUCACACCUCCAUGGAGAAUAUACGCCACAGACAUUUUUUGUAGAUACACAGUCUGAAAAUGUGCCGGUUACACACAUCUUGCAGGAGAAUCAACCAAUGAACGAAAAAAGUUAACUAUAUUAUGUCAAAGUUCUGUCAAUUGACUUGUUUUAUACAUUGAAUCCACCAUUUUUUUUAAAUAUCUACUCAUCACUGGAUGUGGAAGAUGUGAUAUCAGUGCUGUUGGAUGGUGUUGGCAUAGCUACAAGUAGUGACAUCAUGGUCCUAUCAAAUGUGUGUACUAGUCUUUGGGGUUGCAUGUGAACCAAUGCAGUAACUUUGUCCAAUUUGUUUUUCUUUGUAAUUUUUCUGUUGGAGGCCUCGAAGUAGACCAAACAACGGAGCGAAAAAAUAUCAAUUUUCAUAUUACUGUCACGGCAGAAGGUGUUUGUAAUUUUUCUUCUCUUUUUCUCAAGGGGCGGGUGGGGUUACAUUUCUGUCCAAGUUGCCUUUUUCUCUCAGCCGUCCCUUUUUUUGUACUGAUAGCUGUGGUGUGUAAUAAUGUGCUCUACUCUGGCACCCUCUGGUGGGAAUCAGUGGGUUUGGCCAGCAGCCCACACAGGGUGGGAAAGGGCAAAGGUACUGAACUCUGAAGUAAACAGAAUUGUUUUUGUACUCAUCCUAGUGAAUCCUUUUAUUUGUUGCUUUUGUUGUAUUAAACAUGGGAUAAGCACAAUCCACUAAAAGCUUUAUCCAUUGAACUUAGUAUAGUUAACUCAUUAUCUGUCAGUACCGGGUCUAGUCAAUUUACUUUUCUAUUCAGUAAGUAAACUGACAUUUUCCAAUGCAUUUUCCUCAGAUGUUUUGUAUUAGGAUAAAAAUUUUAUUGGAAUUUCAGAUUUGUUCCUGGAGAGAAGCGGCACUAGGAAAUAGUGUGUUCGAAAAGUAUUCAGAUUCCUUGAACUUUUCAACCUUGACUGAAUUCACAAGAGAUUUUUUUUAAAUGCUAUUAGUCUACACACAACCGAUGACACGGAGCAAAUGCAUUUUUAGGAAUUUGUGCCAAUUUAUUGCAAAUAAAACAUCUUUGACAUUG